AUGACCAGGACCUCCGCCGACUACGAUGCACGAGCGCUGGCGCUCCCCGUCGACCUGCCGCCGGAAGAGCAAAGACGCACCUCGCUCAACACCCAGGCCCAGCCCGCAUGGCGUCGCCGUUCCUCGUCGCUGGCAUCGAGCGCCGGCCGCAGGCGGAGUGGAGGAACUCUCUGGCGCAUGCGGAACAACGCCGCUAAGCUGCAACGCCAUGGCCUGAAGCUGUACAAACGCCUAACUCCGCUGCAGCGCGUGCUGCUGGUGCUGGCUGGCCUUAUCUCCUUCGUUCUGGGCAUUCUCUUCCUGGUCUACAACGAGCACAUCUUCAAGUACUGGCUGGCUCCCGUGGCCAAGAAGUGGCGCGACAUCCCCGCCGGCUGGCUUAUCCUGUGGUCCAUGACCUUUGUCGUCAGCUUCCCUCCGCUCAUCGGCUACUCGACCUGCGUGACGCUGGCAGGCUUCGUCUACGGCUUUCCUAAUGGCUGGUUCAUCGUCGCCUCGGCCACCGUUAUUGGCAGCACUGCCUCCUUCCUGGCCACGCGCAUGGUCAUGCACCGCUUCGUAUCACGCCUCAUAGCGAACGACCCGCGCUUUGCCGCCCUCGCGCUAACCCUCAAGCAUGACGGCAUCAAGCUUCUCAUUAUGAUCCGCCUCUGCCCGCUCCCCUACUCCCUUUCCAACGGCGCCAUUGCCACAUUCCCCACCGUGCACUGGGCCGCCUUCAUGCUCGCAGGCGCCAUCGCGUCUCCUAAACUGCUCCUGCACGUCUUCGUCGGCGCCAAGAUUGGCGAGUUGGCCGAGAAGGGCGAGCAGAUGGACGGCAAGACCAAGGCCAUCUCCUACGUUUCCAUCAUCAUCGGCCUCGUCGCCGGCGCCGUCACCGGCUACAUCAUGUACUCGCAGACGAAGAAGCGCGCCGCCGAGCUCGAGCAGCAGGAGCGCGAGGGCGCCCGUCACCGCACCGCCGACGAGAUUGCCCGUGAGUACUCGGAUGAUCCAGAGGCUGGCCUGGCCGCCGAGGUCCUGCGCGAGGAAGAGGACGACAUUAGUCUGCACAACGACGUCGCGGAUCUGGGUGGUCAUUAUAGGGACGAGAGCCCGAGUGGGGAGAGCGAGGAGGAAGGCUAUGACGAUGAUGCGCCGGAUGUGGUUUUUGAUGUUGGAGAUGGAGAGUCGACGGAAGAGGAUAGGAAAUGA